AUGGUGAUGCAGGAAGGAUCGACGUCUCUGUUCAGUCAGCACCUCAAGCUGCCAUCGCUUCCCAACAGCUCCCUGACGUCCUCCUCCUCCGACCCAAAGAAGAGCAAGAGCUUCCACACCUCUAAGGAUUGCUUCAAAGGAGGAAGAACCGACCUCCUCACUACAGCCACAACCACCAACACCAGCAGCUUCUCCAAACUCCACAAACCCUCCAAGGACCACAAAGAAAAGCCUUUAAAAGACUUGAAAGAGCCCAAAAGUGCCUUUAGAGACUCUGGCUGGGAAUCCUCAAAACUCCCCAAAGAAUUUUCAAGGAAACCCAAAGAAAAUCAGCCACUCAGAGACAGCAACCCUAAGAUGGGUUUCAAGGAACCCAAGUCUUUGGCCAAGGAUCAUCGAAGCGAGGGUCUGGCCCACGGACCCACGGGGUUGAACAAGCGUCACUCCACGUUGGACGGCGAUGACCCGAUGACCAAAAAACGCAGGAAGGGAUACCUCGAACCGUCGGGGAAGCCGACGUCUGGUUCAGACUCUCAUUACUCUGACAAGAAGAGAUCGCAGACGAGCAAGCCGUGCCACGACCCGGACGAAGCCGAGCGCAGGAAGGCGUCCAGGCUCCCGCCGUUCCAGGAGCUGGUGGACCCCAACGACUCAGACAUGGAGGAUCAGUCCAAAUCCGAUUCUGAACAGCCCAGUCCUGCCAGCUCCAGCUCCAGCUCCGGCUUUACUCCCACACACCACAAACGUCAAGUUCUCGGACCGCUGCAGUCUGUGGUGCAGGACCUGCAGUCUGAGGACAACGAUGACGACUCGGAGGACGUCGAUGACAAUGACUCCGACACGGAGCGGCCGGCACAGACGCGGCUCCCGCACCACCAGCGCAGGGUGAGUUUAAGUGACGGCAGCGAGAGUGACGGCUCCUCCCCCUCACCCCGCCCCCGCAAAGAGGCUCCGGCGUUAAUAAAGACCACCAGUAACCAGAUUCUGGAGGUGAAGAGCCCCGUCAAACAGAGCAAGCAGGAUAAGAACGAAAACAUCGACUGUGACAAGGCGUAUCUGGAUGAGUUGGUAGAGCUGCACAAGAGGCUGAUGACGCUCAGAGAAGGCCACAUACUGCAGCAGAUCGUGAACCUCAUCGAGGAGACGGGGCACUUCCACAUCACCAACACUACUUUUGACUUUGACCUCUGCUCCUUGGACAGAAGCACGGUUCGGAAGCUGCAGAGUUACCUGGAAACGUCGGGACUGUCCUGAGGCGCGGGGCGGGGCCGUGCUGCUACGACCUUUGACUCCUCCUGAAGGAAACCAGAGGUUCGUGUUCCUCCUCCGCUGAGCGCGGCGCGCCGAGCGGCCCCGAGGAGGCCGAGCCCUGUCCAUCAGGAGAUCACCUGGAAGGCCUUGAACCCCGAGCGGAGGAGCGUGAAUGUUCACCAAACGUUUGCUCAGCAUUGCCUUACAACGCUAACGUCUUAUUUAUUGAGUUGAUUUCGGAGACGCGUGCGUGUUCAGGACGAGGAUGAGACUGCGGAAGCACUUGGAGGGGCAGGAAUUUCUGACGAGGUCAGAAAACUACCGAUUGUUUCUGCAGCCGAGUCGACUCUGAGAAACUGAGCGAAUCGUCUCUGCAGCUCCGCCCCCCCCCCCAGCAGCUCAUUUGAAUCAUUCAAAGUAAAAGUUUUUCAGACGCUUAUUGGAUUUAUGGCUAAGAAACAAACCAGAAAAAUGUCCAAACAAAUGUUUUUACUUAUGUUAAGUAUAGGAAUCCUCUGCUGCAGCAGGUACUUCUGGAAUAUUCCAUCCUCUGGGUCUGUGUUGAAAUCCUCGUCAUUUAUCGCUCGUUAGAGACUUUCUUCCAUCCAGGAAGUAGGAAGAAAGGGAGGAGAAACUCCCUUCAUGCCGUCUAGACAUCAGCACAGGAAUGGCUGUGAGGAAAAAAAAAAACAUUCAUUUUUAUUUAUUUUAAAAGUUUAGCUUUUGUUUUCAAACGGGAUCGUCUUACAUUUGCCUGCUUGGUUAACUGAAGAUGAGGAGGAGGGUCUUUUUUCUCAUCCCAGCGCUCUUUCUUUGGCUCUUCUUCUGUAUUUUUGGGGAAAAAAUAAAUGUUUUGUAUGAUGUGCAGAAAAACAAACACGCUUUUCAUUCUUAAACAUGAGGUUUUUUUCUAUUCAGUUUAAAUUUACAUACAUUUAUAUAUUGAAAUGUUUUUUGCCUUUUAGGUCGAUGCAAGAUUAAAUCACUACUUUAACUAUUGAGCAAAAAAUACUUGCAAAAAGA